AUGCUACGAUCUUAUAGUUAUCUAAGAAUUACCAGAAGAUACAUGACAGGUAUAGGGUGGAACGAAUCCGAAGUUUUGGUAGAUAGAAAAUCCAAGUUUCAAGCAAGGUGCCAUGCUAUCAAGAACCUGUCUGAAGUUGAUAAGUUACUGGAGGUAUUAGUGGAAAAAAAUAAGGCCGUCCAAAAGGCAACGCACAAGCAUAUGUAUGCAUGGAGAACGGCAGAUAUUAUACCCCCCGAGCACAAUAAGAAAGGAAAUAAGAAGAGGAAAAGGGGUUCAUUGACAGUGCCUGGUGAACUGACAGGGCCGGCAAUGUUAAAGAAUAUACAACAAGGAUCAAAUGACUGUGGUGAGGCUGGUGCAGGACAAAGACUUUUAACCUUGUUAGAAAGAAGUCAUAUUGCUAAUGUUUUAGUUGUUGUUACAAGAUGGUACGGUGGGACAGCAUUGGGGCCCGCUAGAUUCCGACAUAUUUCAACCACAGCUGUGGAAAGCUUGAAGAAAGGGAAGUUCUUGCCUUAA